CAGUGUAGUGCGUUGAUUUCAUACCAAAGUCAUACUUAACAUUCCACUUAUACUGUCAAACCUCUGAGAAAUAUUAGGGAAAACAAUAAGGCGCCAAAACAUAAUAAACUAUCAAAAUUGGGCAGUUGUUCUCACUUUGAAAAGGGAAGGUGACUGCCAAAAUAAAGUUGAUACCUGGAUCCCAUUCCCCCAAACUUGUUCCCCAGAGGAAUCCAACAAUUCUGCCGACUGACAGAGAGGAACAAACGGUUCGGAGGAAUACAGAAGUUCACAGUCUGCUCUGGGCCACUGCAUCCUAUAGAUCCUUUGAUCGUGGGGCUCGGGGUCGGGCCCAGGGGGAGCCGCCACCAUUGCGUCCAACGAGUGGAGUGCCAACGGUAGCCCGGAAGAUGGGCUGGACGGGGACAACGAGGAGCUGGACAAGACCAUGGACGGGGACGCCGAGGGCGUGUGGAGCCCGGAUAUCGAGCAGAGCUUCCAGGAGGCCCUCGCCAUCUACCCUCCCUGUGGCAGGAGGAAAAUCAUCCUCUCAGAUGAGGGCAAGAUGUAUGGUCGCAAUGAACUGAUAGCGAGGUACAUAAAGCUGAGGACAGGCAAAACCCGCACAAGGAAACAGGUGUCUAGUCACAUACAGGUGUUAGCACGGAAGAAAGUUCGAGAAUACCAGGCGGGCAUCAAGGCAAUGAAUUUGGAUCAGGCCUCUAAAGACAAGGCCCUGCAGAACAUGGCAGCACUGUCGUCUGCACAGAUUGUCUCCCCGAACCUAAUCAAGAACCAUCUUACACCACUGCCUCCCGCUCCCUACCCCCCACAACACAGGUUCUGGCCUGCUCCAAUCCCAGGACAGCCUGGACCCUCUCAGGAGCUGGUUCUAGAGUUCAACCCGGGAAGGACUCCUGGGCUUGGCCGCACCAGCCAUGCUAUCAAACCUUUUGCACAGUCCCCAUACCCAAGCAUACCGGGUCCUGUACCCUCCUCCAUAUCAAGUUAUGAACCCUUGGCUCCCCCUCCCCCGCCGGUUGCCACAGCAGUGCCAGUGUGGCAGGACCGGACCAUUGCCUCCUCUAAGCUGCGGAUGCUGGAGUACUCAGCCUUCAUGGAGGUCCAAAGGGACCCUGACAACUACAGCAAACACUUGUUUGUCCACAUCGGGCAGACCAACCCCUCCUACAGCGACCCGCUUCUAGAGGCCGUGGACAUUCGGCAGAUCUACGACAAGUUCCCUGAAAAGAAAGGCGGGCUCAAAGAGCUAUAUGAGAAAGGCCCGCAGAAUGCAUUCUUCCUCGUCAAAUUCUGGGCGGACCUGAACAGCAGUGGGAUGCAGGACGGCCCUGGUUCAUUCUACGGCGUCAGCAGCCAGUACAGCAGUGUUGAGAACAUGACGAUUACUGUUUCAACCAAAGUCUGCUCAUUUGGCAAGCAGGUGGUCGAGAAAGUAGAGACAGAGUACGCCCGCCCAGAGGGAGGAAAGUAUGUUUACAGGAUCCACCGCUCUCCUAUGUGCGAGUACAUGAUCAACUUCAUCCACAAACUCAAACACUUGCCUGAAAAAUACAUGAUGAACAGUGUUCUUGAAAACUUCACUAUCCUACAGGUUGUAACAAACCGUGACACCCAGGAGACCUUGCUUUGUAUAGCGUUUGUUUUUGAGGUUUCCACGAGUGAGCAUGGAGCUCAGUAUCAUGUCUACAGACUUGUUAAAGACUAACAGCCCUUCAGGGAAGUUUUGGAAAGCCUGACAAAGCGUGACACAAUCUCUAUAACCUGCUCAACUAUCCUGGAAAAAAAGAAAAGACAAAAAAACCAUUCAGUGUCAGACCGAACUAACACGGACACAUUUUAUACUUCACGAGAAAGUCUUGUAUAUUAGGAAAAAAGAAUGAAUUCUCUGCUGACGAGCAAAGAAAUUUGAAGAAUUCAGGACUUUUUUUUUUUCAUCAGCCAACUACUUUCCAUGUGUUUAUACAUGCUUUAGAUAAAGUGGGUCACUUUUGAUUGAUGCAGAACAAUUGAUGGAUCUUGAAAUGUGUUUUUUUUUUUAACUGAGGGAAUGAGAAUGUGUCUGGAGUUGUAACAAUAUAAUUAUAGUAUGCAAGGGAACACACUCUGAGCAAUAAGAGAAGUGUAGACCUAGGCUAUUUAAGAUUGGACGUGGAAGUACAAAGAGUACAGGACCACGGAAGGGGAAAACCAGAGCCAAGUGGUUUGUUACAUGAGGUAAGUUAGGAAAGCAAGUGCCUUUUCUCCAAAGAUGAUAUCGUUGCCUGCCACUUUGGAAUGCCUUUUUAUACCUCUCGUUUUACACGAACAGAAAGUAGGUACAUUUUGUCAGUAGAUCGGAACCAGACCUCUGGGAUCCAGAUCUUUGUGGCAUACUUCUUUUCUGGGCACACGGGGGAAUCGGAUGGGAUAACUGUUUUACAUGUAGCCUGUUGUUAAAAAGAAUCGUCCCGGGUUUUACAGUCCAAAUGUACAGAAAGAAGGUUGAUUGUAUUACCAUAUUAUGUAGUUGAUCAUACUUUAUUACACAAUAGAAAAUCAGGUCUUACAAGAAUCUGUAACUGGUUGAUGACACUUGGGAUGCCUUGUACCAUUGCUAGCCUGACGUUUAGUCUGGGCUUUUUUUUUUUUACCAUCCUUACAAGAUUCCCUUUUGUUUCUGUUUGAAGACAUGUGCUUUGUUGCACUUAAAAAGAUCAAGAAGGGGUGAGGCAACAGUAGUGCUUAUUUUCUGCCUUGAGAUAUGUAGCUUAAUUGAAAUGAAUUGUCUCUGUACUGUGAGUCAGUGGAUGCUAAAGGAAUAUGUGUUACAUAGGAGUAUUUUGGGGACUUGUGUUCGUAUUUGUGAUUAACUUUUAACUCAGCACAGAGACCAUAUCUGCUUGGUUAAAAUGGAGAGGUGUUAUCACUGUUUCUUUUGUUUAAAAAAGAGGUUGUAAUGCUGUGAAGUUGAUUCGUUUGCUUCACCCUUCUCCUUGUAGAGUAUGGAGAAGCGACAUAGUAGUUGAGUCAGUUCAAUUUUCUGCAUUGAUGUUUAAG